AAUAGACACUUGCAAUUGGCGCGUCCUAAUCGAGUAAUCGCGCCCUCUAUAAAAGGCAAUGCCGAGGCCAUCAGCAUACCAGCCUUGUCUAUAGACUAUAGCCUAUAGCCUCUAGGCGUCUCUCUCUCUUCUCAGUUCUUUUCUCUUUUGUAUAAAUUUGGAUUUGUCAGAGAGAUGGGACACAUCUCAAGUUUGUGCGUGAAUCAAACCCCAUCAGCGCCGUUCAUUUUUAAUCAACGCUGAAUGGUGUUAGAUUCACGCACAAACUCGUGAUCUGUCUGCUCUACAACACCUCUGUACUCUCUCUCCUCAUUUUUCAAUCCAGAAUUCACAAGCUUUUUACUUUUGGCGCCAAUUCCGAUUCUAUUUUUUCCCCUCUCAAGAAAAAUCGAGGACGUUCGGAGAGGGAGAAAGUAGUAAUCAGAUCGGAUGGCUUCGGGGUCAACGGCUGGGAUGGACGACGAUUACGAGGCGUUGAUUUCGACGACCGACAUGGAGCUCCUCAAGAGGGCGUGGCGUAACGAGAAGGCCGCCCCGGAGAUCCUUCGCUUCGAGACCGCUCUGAUUCAGCGAAUCAGAGGGCAGAUCCAGUUGAUGGAAGAAACCACUGAGGAAUUUUCAAGUAGUGGGAUCGAUCCUCUGACAGUAUCACUCUACCAGAUGGACUUGGAUAGGACUCAGUAUUUAUUGAGAUCGUACCUUCGGAUUCGCCUCCAAAAGAUUGGAAAGUACAUGUUCCAUAUCUCAAAUAAUCCUGAAGUUCAGAACCGGCUUUCUGAACAAGAGAAAGGGUUUGCCAAAAGGUGUACUGAGGAUAUGGAGAGACAUCUUGAAGAGAGUGUUCUGUCAAAAUUGCCUGAUAAUUAUCAGGCUAUGCUAAAGCAGUCCAUAAUAAGUGAAGAGAAUGACAUGGUCCCGGAGCCACAGUUGGACACUUUUGUUGUCUGCAAGAGCAGGAGAUUUCUGGGACCUUUCCAGCUUGAUGGCAGUGAUGAACUCCUGGAGAUGAAGCCUGAUGAUCUAUGUAUAAUACAUUACAAGUCAAUAAGGGAGCGUGUACAGGAAGGGGAAAUUGAUUUGGUCUGAGAAUUUUGCAACUCGGUGGGAUUCUACUAUGUUUUAAGUUAUUCAGAAAGAUGUGCUGCUAAAAGAAGAUAGGCGCUCUUUCCUCUCCAAAAGAUGUUGUAACACAUGUAAUUCUAAUUGGAACAUUUUCAUCAUUCGACCAUAUGAAUGUCAUGGCGGUGCCAACAUUUGUUAUUUUAUGGCAUUUGCCAUAAGGUUGAAUUGUUGCUAAGAAUGUUGAGGCCCAACCUUAGUCUUACAAGGUGACCUGAAUCUGUAUGCUUGCCACCCUCUCUGUGUUUUCAUUAUGCAUGUCCGCUAACGGAGAAAGGGAUUGUAAUUAGCUUUUCCAUCUUUAUUGAGUGAACAGAUGUGAAGCCUAUUAGGCUAUAUGAAAAAAAAAUCAUUCAUCAAA